AUGACUUUCAUUCAAGGAAAUGAAAUUUCCAAUGCUCGAGAUACUACUCAUGAAAGACCAACCCAUGAGGAGGCUGAGUUUUUGGAUGAUGUUGAAUGUAAUCACUAUAAGAUUAAAGUUGCCAAGAACAAGGAUGAUACAACUACACAAUAUAAAAGACAUUUAGAUGAUUGUGUGAAAGAUCAUGUAUCUUUAAAAGGACAAGGCAAUCUUUUUCUACCACUACAAGCACCUAGAUCUAACAGUGCUAGUGGUAUCCAGACUAGGAAAUAUGACCAAGCAAAGAUCAGAGAAGUUGUUUCUCACAUGAUAAUGGUUCAUGAGUUGCCUUUUGCAUUUACUGAGUAUGAGCUAUUCACUUUGUUGAUGAAAAUUGCAAGUCCUCACUAUGUAAGAAUUUCUCAUGCUACAGCCAAAGCUGAUUGUUGGACAAGUUAUGAGGUUGAGAAGAAGAGGUUAAAUGGGUUAUUGAAGAUAGUGGAUAGGAUUAGCAUUACAACUGAUAUGUGGAAGUUAGGUCAAAAGAUUCAAUACAUAGUCUUGACAGCUCAUUUUGUGGACUCGGAUUGGAAUUUGCAAAAAAAAGUUUUGAACUUUGUUGAUAUGCCUCCUUUGCAUAGUGGAGUUUUUGCAUAUGACGCAUUUUGUUGUGCACACAUCUUAAAUCUAUUGGUGCAUGAUGGUCUUUUCGAAAUUGAAGAUGUAAUUGAUAAUGAUGUAUUUCCGCAGUAUGCUCAAUGUGAUGCGAGUUAUAAGUAUUUGCCAAGUGAUAAAGAUUGGGUGAGGGUUGAGGAAGUUCGUUCUUUCUUGACACUUUUUAAUGAAGUUACCAACAUUAUCUCAAGUUCUGAAUAUCCAACUUCAAAUUUAUUUCUUCUUGAACUUUGGAGUAUCAAAGAGUUAUUGAUGGAGAAAUCUUUGAGUGAGGAACUUUGGAUGAAACAAAUGACUGACAAAAUGCAAAGAAAAUUUGAUAAAUAUUGGGGUGAAUGCAAUUUGUUGAUUUCUAUUACUGCUAUACUAGAUCCUAGGAAUAAGAUGAAAUUGAUUAACUUCAGUUUUUGUGUUAUUUAUUUUGAAGAGAAAGCCCCCAGAAAAAUUUGCAUUGUGCGUGGUAGUCUAUAUGAGAUUUAUAAGGAAUAUGUGAAUGAAUAUGCAACAACUAAUGUUGGUACAUUAAUGGAAAAUGAUAUGCAAGAAAGUGCUGUCAGUAAUGCUUCUACCAUUAGUAAAAUUGACAAGGGAAAAGUUAUGACUGGAAGGUCCAGGUUUGUGAGAGUGUUGACACAAUUGACAAUGUUAAGCCUGAACUAG